GACGUAGUUAUCCACUUUACUUUCAGAGUCAACAGCCCUAUAUAAUAGCUAUUGUUGCCUUUCUUGGCGACAUACACCUUCUAGCAUAGAACAAUCUAUGUCACUUUUAGCCUAACCAUGUCUAAAUCCUCCCAAUUUCAACGCUAUCCGCCCGACAUGGGCGGUUACGAUCAAAGACCACCGCAAUACUCAGGGCCACCUCAGUAUCAGCAGCCGUAUGGCCAGGAGGAACAAUGGAGGAAUGAACGUCAAGGUGGUUACAAUAACUAUAACCAACAGCCAUACCAGCAACCAUAUCAACAAUCAUAUCAGCAACCAUACCAACAGCCCCAUCAACAGCAGUACCAGCGCCCCAAUGCGCCGCCCAUGAUGGCCCCGAGGGCGGGGCCGGGCUCCGGAAUGGGAUCGGCGAUGCAAUUAGCAAAUGGAGGAGGGUCUCCUAUGCCACCUGGACCGCUGCUAUAUCCCGUUAUCAUACCACAACGGCGACCAAAGGCGCGUGACCGCGGCUUCGUCAAGGCCUAUGCACCCGAUCUAAUGCGGGCCGGCAUUGACCAAGCCACAUUCAUGGCUUUCCUCGAAGGCUUCGGCAAGGCACUGACACAAUCACCAUUCCUAGGCGCCAUCAACUUGGCCGGUGGUGUAGCUGGCAUGAUCCCAACAGCGAUAGCACCUCCUAUCGGAAUAGCCGUGCAACUGACGGCUGGUGUCUACCAAGAGGUCCAGAACCGCAAGAACCAAAACGCCUACCUGACAAAGAUGAACGACGAUCUCUUCCGACCACACGGGCUGUACUGUCUUAUCAUGGCCUACGCGCCGAACUCGGACAAGACUCUCCAGCAGAACAUCAACACCAAAGGCCCGGAUGGGAAAUUCCGAAACCACGAUGGUGUAAUGGGAUCAGUUGAUUUCCCCAUUUCGGCAGAACUGAUCUAUCCCGAAGACGAGGAGACCUCAUCCGACGAGGAAGACGACGAGAGCAUGCACCACGACGACCACAGCCAAGGCGGACAAAGCCAGGGCGGCCAACAGCAGCCACAACAACAAGGCGGCAUGAUGGCCUCCCUCGGAAAAGCAUUCGAAGGGUUCAAAGACCGCCGGGACAUGAAGGCACAGAGGAAAUACAUGCGGAAGAACCCCAUGGGCGCACUAAACGGCCUCCUGGACCCCAAAGUCGAGCUCACAGCCAAGGACCGCGAGAAGCAAGCGAAGCGGAUGGCGAAAGACCAGCGCAAGCUCGAGAAGCAGGACCGGAAGUACGAGAAGAAGGCGCGCAAGCACCCCGAAAGGGAACAAGGACCGCGGAAGCGGAAGAUAAAAGAGUCUAUUUUGUACUUGAUGAUCAUCAAUAUGCCGAAGUCGGGAGACAUGGAGAAUGCGGCGAAGGUGAUGGCGGGUCCGAGUGCUGGAGCUGCGCAGAGGAGGUACUGAGCUUGGGAGUCGUUACUAUGGACAGAUGCAUUUUGGGCAAGAAUGAUUACCUAGUAGAUGAGGGAUUUGUUUGUCAAUUUGCUAUAUACCUUGGUCUUGAAACAAGCAUUAUGAAUUGCAAAGUUGUUUGGCUUUAUUCACUGAAAAAAACCCGACGGCUCUUUGCGACUAAUUUAAAAAGUCUUUUCAGUUGAUUAUAGU